GAUAAGGGACGCCGAGCAUUGGAGUGGAAGAAACGAAGAAAUUUGGAAGAAAGAAAGCUCAUGGGCCCCUAAAAAUUAUUUAAAAUCGACGAGGGAGCACGAGUAAAGGAGUCAAUGACCAAUGCUUAAAGUUGAAGAGAUGAAUCAAAAGGGGAAGCUAAUAUGUGGGCUUAGGGAAUUAACAGGAGGCACACGAACGUAGCGACGGAGAGCUAGCACUCGUGUCUAGUAAAAGAACAAAAGUACUUGCCUAUUAGGAGAUCACCCAAGCCUUAUUCUAUGCUAAAGAACCAAAGAAGCAAGAAUGAAGAAAGUAAAAGUGGCACUCAAUCGAAUAAAAUUGAAAGAAUUGAAGGUUUGCGUGGCACCGAGCAAAUUCAAACUGAAAGUUCAUAUCUUGAGCGUUUAAGUGCUCAAUAGAAUUAAAGAAAAGCAGUGUCGUCUAUAUGCAUAGAGAGACAAUCAAGUCAAUGGAAAAUCAUCCACGAAGAAGCGCACAAAUGCAUGAAAGUAAUCAAGUUGUGUUGCCAACAAGUAAGUUCAAAGGAAAAAUAAAAGGAUGCUGACUAUGGAAGCGCUUGAAUGCUUAAUCGAACCAAAGGAAACAAAAUGCAAAGGCGCUCGGAGGCCUUAAUGAAAGGAAGAGUAGAAUCACCUGAAACCUUUAUAAUGUGGGUCUCGGAAAGGGAUAGAGCUGAAGGUACGCUAAAAAACAAAGGAGAAAGGCACCCGAACCCUGUGACUAGGCGCAAGACGGCAAGAGGAAUUUACCAAAAGAUAAUUAUAGCAAUGUAAAAAAGAAGCAUGGCGCCCCAACUUGUUUAACGUAUAUGAUUUCUCCGGAACAUUGGAAAGAAGAAAGAAUGAGCGCUUGAACUAGAGGACAAAGAGCAUAAACGCUCAAUUUAUUGUAUAUGAUCCAACAACAUUCUCAGAAUCGUCGAGAUGACUGACACGCCUCUACCGUCACACUAGAAAUGGCCAAGUGUAACCACCUACUAAUGCGUAGUAUAGCGGAUUUAGUUCUAAAUGUCAACCCGGGUCCUAGGUGUGAUGAUUACUCCGUGAAAGUCUUAUUAUUUAGCGGUUCAAGUGUAGUGAAGUUUUAACUAAAAUAGCAAGCAAAAGCAGUGAAAGUUGUGUUCAAGUUGAGAGAGGUCACCCAGAUAUGGUUCCCCCUAGACUGCAGUUAAGCCAGGUUGUAAUUCACCAAGUUCAAGUUCAAAGAUAGUUAUACUGCGGGAGGUUCUAAAACAGUCUGCAGUCUCGACUAAAGGUCUCCAGACCCUCUCAAUCUGAGUCCCCAGCGGGUGACUCACCUCCACCGGAGUAAACAGAUUGAGGCCCUAACGAACCAAACCUCCUCUACCGAAGUAAAUCCGGUACAGAAUAGUGAAUUGACUCCUCGACUAAAGUCAUCAAUUCACUACCUUCAAUCAAGGGUGCUCUAUCAACCUAGGUGGAUAUUCUCUUUCUAGGUCAAAGCAAAAAUAACAGGAAUUUGAUUAGGAUUCAUGCCAUUCAAGAAAUCAAACCUCAAUUGAAUAUAAUCAUAUCACGGAAUUCGUACUUGGGUUCAUACAAUCAGACCUAACAUACAAGUCUAGGGUUCUUCAUACCCAGGUGAAUGAGAAAGUUUACUCCAUAGAGAGAUAAGGGAAAUCUAGCUCAGACGCGGAAACCAUACUGUGAAGGAUGGGAUUCUGCUUCUGGCAAUCAAUCGGCACUUCUCCAAGCUCAAGUCGGGCUCCAAUGGUGAUGAAGAUCGAUCUAGGGCACUUGGAGAAUCAGGUUCGUCACUCUCUCUAGGUAUCACCUUUGUCUCUCUAAAACUCGGAACCCAUUAAAAGUUGGCCUUCCUUUACUUAAGAACCAGCAGAUCGCGAUCCCCGACCAUAAUACCCGGUUGGGUAUUUUAGGUGUCCAGCCGGGGAUUUCAAAACGCAUAGUAUCGCAUAGGGGAUUAAUACCUGGUCGUGGUCCAGAACACCCGAUCGAGUAUUUUUCCUCUCUGGCCGGGACCCCUCCUGCCUUCUUGGCGUCCAAAAACGUGAAUCCCCGGCCUCCCUUAGCAAUUUACCCGGCCGGGUAUUUUUAACUCAUGGUCGGGUAUUUUCUUCUUCCAGCGCCCUUCACUCCAAUGUCCUUCUUUUUUACCGGAAACUCGUUUCUUCGCCUUCACGUCAACGCCAAGUCUGAAAUAUGACAUAAACACAUAACCUAGCGUGAAAUCAGCUUAAAACACAAGAAUCGACUCUCAAACGGCUCGAGAAUAGAGUUAUAAACAUGUGUAAAUAAUGGUCUAUCAAUGACUCAGUAGGUCGGCAAGAAGAAACAGAGACAAGUGCUCCGUGAGUUGUGGUGUCAAUAAAGGAGAGAUAAUCGGUUAAUGGGGAGAGUGCUAGAGCUUGAAUUAAAUGUUGGUGAUGCUAAGGUUGGGCAAAGUAGAACCGCCAGGCGGUUUGAAAGAAAGGAGUGAAUAAAUAAAGAAAGAGAAGUCUCGAGGGACAGAAUGAGAGAGUGCUAGGCACUCAAUAAAGGAGAAAAGUCACACAAGCGAGGUUGGAACUGGAAGCUCGUUCAAAUGAGGGGGGGGGGGGUGGCUCUAGCGAUUAGCAAAGUGGCACGUGCUCAAAAAAUCUGGAUGACUCAUGGCGCUAUGGUGUGGCGAAGUAGAAUGACAAGCGCUAGGAAAUGCUAGAAGGAGGAAAAAGGAAAAUAACGGUAGAGCUAGGUGCGUGUCAAGCAGGGGUGGAAAUCUGGUCUCGGUUUUCCAGUAAAAUCGGAAACCGUCCAGCUUAAACCGGCCCAGUUCUAACCGAAAAUCGGAUAGCAUGUAACCCAAUCCAUUUUACAGUCAGAGCCUAGGGGUACCCGGUCCAAUUUGGUCCGCUUUUAACCAGAAAUCGAGUAACUACCCCACAGACCAGAGCCUGCACACCACACAAUCCAUGAGCCCAUUUCCCACAACAUGCACACCUGAUUCGGGCUUAAUUGUACACUUUUAUCCUCGUUUCUCUUUGACGUUUUUCGCAAUUGAGCUCCAAAAGGUGUGGUUUUAUGCUAGGUUUAUUGUGUUUCAGUGUCUAACGGGUGAAACCAACCCCAGAGUCAAAAGUUGGAAGAAAAGGAGCAAAGAUCGGGCAAAGAGGAGGAAUCAGCCUGUGUUCACGGUCGCCAGGACCGUGAACUGGAACCAUGACCCAUGAAGCGUCCAGGGGGGUUUAUGAAGUUACAAACGCCAAUGCUGUUCACGGUCGCUAAGACCGUGAACUCCAACCACAAACCAUGAACCCAAGAAGUGAAUUGGUGCGUGAUAGACCGUCAUUUACACAUGUUUUUACCCCCAUUCUUACACCGUUUGAGGUGUUGAUUCUCGUGUUUUAGACCGAUUUCACGCUAGGUUGUGCUUGUUUGUGAUAUUUCAGGUCCUAGUACGUGAAUGAAGGCUUAGGAGCGAGUCUGGGGUCGAUUGGACGAAGAACGGACGAAUGGCGAGGUUUUUGGGGAGCUGCACGGGCAAACCAGGGAGGCUGCACGGCCGUGCACGUGAGCAAUAUGGCCGUACGCCUUAUGCCGAGGACACGCACGGGCAACCCCUGAAGCUCGCACGGCCGUGCACCCUGGCCGUGCGAGAGGGCUGAAGUUCGACUAAAUGACACGCUGCGUUUUGAGUUGCACGGCCAGAAUGGUGAUAUGCACGGCCGUGCACCCUGGCCGUGCUAGUCGGGAUUUCCUGGUUUUAAGCCAAAUUCCGAACCAAAGAAGAGGAGAGCUGGGUUUUGGAUCCCAAACACCCAAGGGACGAACCCUAGAGAGAGAGAGCGACUUGGGAACAUUCUUGGAGCUAUUUUGGAGGAUUUCUUUGCCAUUGAAGCUCGGGAAUCAAGCUUGGAGAUGGAGAUUGAAGAUCUAGAUCAGAUUUCUGCAGUCUCUCUCUUCUCUAUGGAGUAACUUCCCUUCACUUAGGUUUUGAGGAACCCUAGUUCCAUGAGUUAGGAGCUUGCUUGUAUGAAGUUUUGGAUGCUAUGUUGUUUGAUUAUAAUCGAAUGAUGCAUGUUUAUUGAGUCAAUUGAAGUCUGAUCAACUUUUCCUGAUUCAUGCUACAAUCUGAGAUAGAUAGAAUCUGAUUAGGUUGCUAGAGUCUCAUCAUUCGGUAGUAGGAGAUUGGCUAUACGAGAGUUAGCCAGUUUACUGCUUUGUACUGGAAUACAAUUCCAGUAGUGGAGUUCUGUGCUUAUUGCUUCAGCUUUCUAUCCCGGUGAAGACUAGUCGUCUGCCGGAUAGUUAGACUGAGAGGGCUUGGUCAGCUUAAGAGAUUCCAAGCUACUUUCGGAUCUUCCGCAGUUUAAUCAACAGUAAAACAACCAAAAGGAAUUACAACGUGGACCUAAUUGAGGAGCUAGGGGGAAUCAUACCUAAGUGAGUUCCCAAACUGUAAUUAGUAGUUUUACUUAGUUUAGUUAGUAGAGUAGUUUAGUUAAUCAAUCCUUAAUCUAGUUUGCUAGAUAAUGAACUGAAGCUGAGUAAUAGUAACUCUAGAGACCCGUGGAUUCGAUAUUUAUUACUUGUGCCACUAUACUGCAGUCCCUUUCAUUGGUUACACUUGGCCAUUGUUAGGUGUUGUGUUUUGGCGUGUCAAGUUUUUGGCGCCGUUGCCGGGGACUUUCUAGAGUAUUAGGAAAGGCAGAAGUUUGUUACUUUAGCGUUUUUAUUUUCUUUUCUUUUCCACCCUUGCUUUUCACUUGGGUGUUUUUGUUUUUGUUGGUGCAGAUCUGAAUCAUGGAUCCUAAUGGCUUCUCCAAUCAUUGGGGGUAUCCACCACCAUCCGGGUGGUAUUACCCCGCGGCUCCCUACAGCAAUCAAGGAGGAGAAGACUAUGGAUUCGGGUUCCAGUACCAACCCCCUUACUACGGAGAACAAUCAGACCCCUGGGCAUAUCAAGAACAACCUCAUUACCAAGAAGACUUUCUCCCACAACCAGAAGGGCCAUCGGAGCUGGAGUUACCCAUGGCGGCCUUCACGGGCCACUCUGCAGAGCCAUGCUACACUUCACUGGAGGAUCCGAACGAACAAUUAAGACUUCUCGUGGAGCAGUUUGCUCGAGACACUGAGAAAUCAUGCUCCAAGAUGGAUCUUCAAAUCAAAGCCCUUGCCACUUCCGAUCCCUCAUUUCUCCAUGAUAUGGAGGAGACUGUUCAGCGCUCAGCGAAGCAAACAGAGUGGGUGAAGCAAGUUUGCUCACAUCUUGCUCAAGAUCACCUUUCUACUGCCACGCUAGAAGAGGUGGAGGAUGACAAAGGCUACGGGAGCGUUGAGGAGCAUACAGAAGUUAUCACAGAGAACUCCCAUGAUAAUCAUGAUCAGGAAAGUCCUCUGGUUGCAGAUCACACAAUUCCUUAUUUCUGCUCUAACAUGCUGGGCCCGAGCGAGGAGAUGCAAGAUGAUCUCAUUGAAGAAAUUACAUGGCGACUUGCUCUCCAAUCUGUGCUAGAAGAAGAAGAGCAAGAAAGGGUGCAGAAAGAAGUUGUGGAGGAUGAGGAAGAAAGAAAAGAAGAGGUGGUUCUUGAUCUUUUCCCAGGGGAGAGACCACAUUUUGAAGAAGGAAGGGGGGUUGAGGAAGCAAUUGGCGUCCAGGCUGAGGAUGAAGUUGAGGUGGAAGAGGCAUGCACCGGCCAUGAGUUGCAAGUAAUAUCCCCACCAAACUUUGAGGAACUGCUUGGCAAGGACCCAUUUGCAGUGUCUCUUUGCCAGACCAAGGCCACAUCGACAUCGGUCCCUCUUGAUGGACGCGAUGGUGGCCAAUCGAUACUGUCAUAUCUGGUUUGGGGCAAUGAGACGAGAGAAGAGAAGAAGAGGUCUCGAGGGUGGAGACUUCAUCUGCAUCAAGUACAUGAGCCUUCAUCACCUGCCACACCACAUGCUCGUGACUUGAGACUCCACCUCAUCGACGAGAACCUCAAAUUCAAGGAGGUUCUAGCAUGGACCGAAACUUAGGAGCCAUCGUCCGGCUCACGACGUGAAAGAAGCUCUUGUUGGGAGGCAACCCAACCAGUCGGUUUGCAUUUCUUUCUCUUUUUCUCCUCGGUUGAGUCAGUUUUGUUAUUUGAUUUUAGAGUCAAUAACUCAACCUUUGUGAGAUUUUGUGUGGUGUUUGUGUUCUGAUUACUCUCUCUUUCUGGAAUGCACCGCCUGACCCGUUCAUCAUCAUUCACCCUUGAUCUGGUAACUUCGUUCUACCCUCCUUAUCUUUCCUCCAUUGAGGACAAUGUCGUGCUUAAGUGUGGGGGGAUGUUCGAUUAUGAAUGCGUGUGAAUGUUUGGCUGUUUGUGUGCUUGGAGCCUAGUCCACUGUCCAAAUUUUUAAAUUUGAGGGCUCCAAGUACGUGUUCCAUGCAAUUGCCUGCUCAGUAUGCUUUGAAUUGACAGUCUUUACAGUAAUAUGCAACCUAGGGAGGUAGUGUAGCACUAUGGAGGAUGUUGAUGCAUUUAAGAAGUCUCAUUUCUUCUUCAUAUAAAGUUGGUUGAUUGAGUGAAUUAGUGAUCUUAGGACCCUUGAAUUGUGUGGUGUUGUGGAUUUUCUACCUGUCAUGGACUCUUGUAUCAUGUUUUGAAAAUAACAGGUGCUCGAAAAUGUGCUUCAAAAUAAACGUCUCCCGUGCGAAUAGGGCGAAAGUGUGUAAAGGGAGACGGGAAUUCGUUCCCAAUUUCCACCUACUACCUCCAGCCCCCUUACAUGUCUUUCCCCCGCACGAGGCUCGAGACAUCCGCUCCUGGCAUGGCCGGUAAGAGCAGGUUGGGACCCUUGAAAAAGAAAAGAAAAGAAAAAUAUCAGAAAACAAGCAAAACAGGAAAAAAAAAGGGGGUCUCAACCAUCUUCAAGAAGAAAAUAGAGCACCUUGAAAAAUGUGAGUCCAUGAUCCUUUGUUUUUGAGAAUCUCUUCAUCCACAAUUCAUUUGUCCUCUGUUCACUAUUUGCCAUGAUGCCGACUCGCCGAAGAAGUUAUGAGAUGACUUGUGCGUCGGUUGACCUCGUAAGCUGCUAAAUGAUCUAGGAAGUCCUCUACCUACGAUCUGGGUUGUUUGUUGCUGUAGAGGUCUGGAGAGUUGCAUUGGUUUGAGUUUGGUUUGCUUGGGGACAAGCAAACGGUUAAGUGUGGGGGAGUUUGAUAGACCGUCAUUUACACAUGUUUUUACCCCCAUUCUUACACCGUUUGAGGUGUUGAUUCUCGUGUUUUAGACCGAUUUCACGCUAGGUUGUGCUUGUUUGUGAUAUUUCAGGUCCUAGUACGUGAAUGAAGGCUUAGGAGCGAGUCUGGGGUCGAUUGGACGAAGAACGGACGAAUGGCGAGGUUUUUGGGGAGCUGCACGGGCAGACCAGGGAGGCUGCACGGCCGUGCACGUGAGCAAUAUGGCCGUGCGCCUUAUGCCGAGGACACGCACGGGCAACCCCUAAAGCUCGUACGGCCGUGCACCCUGGCCGUGCGAGAGGGCUGAAGUUCGACUAAAUGACAGGCUGCAUUUUGAGUUGCACGGCCAGAAUGGUGAUAUGCACGGCCGUGCACCCUGGCCGUGCGAGUCGGGAUUUCCUGGUUUUAAGCCAAAUUCCGAACCAAAGAAGAGGAGAGCUGGGUUUUGGAUCCCAAACACCCAAGGGACGAACCCUAGAGAGAGAGAGCGACUUGGGAACAUUCUUGGAGCUAUUUUGGAGGAUUUCUUCGCCAUUGAAGCUCGGGAAUCAAGCUUGGAGAUGGAG